CUACUUACUGCCGGGUUCCUAUUAAUAUACGUAAUCAUAUAAACCAAUUGCAAUGCCAUCCGCCGAAUUCACCGCUAAAGCCGAAGCCGUUCAAAACUUAACCACUCGUCCAGAUGAUGGCGAAUUGUUAAAGUUGUACGCGUUAUACAAACAGACCACUGUGGGAGACAAUACCACAGCCAAGCCAGGAAUCUUUGAUUUAAAGGGUAAAUACAAAUGGCAAGCCUGGAAGGAUAUUGAAGGUACCAGUCAAGAAGAUGCUGAACAGCAAUACAUUGAAUUUGCUACUGAAUUGAUCGCCAAGUAUAGCUCAUAGAGAGAAUUAAUGAGAAUGGGUAAUGUCAUUACUAUUAGUAGUAGACUUAUUGAUAUAGACCAUUUAUAAUGUAUAGUAUAAUAUAAUAUGAGUGGUUAUUUAUUAU